GGGGAAACCUCGGGUGUUGACAAUCAUGUGGAUGUUCUUUAACGCGCACCAUGUGAGCACGUGACCACAAAAUGUUCAGACUUGGGGGUUGUUUCCAAUUAUAAACACUUAAAUUAUAGAGUUAUAGGUGAUGUUAGCGCCACUGUUGGCCUGUGAUCGUGUCUACAGUCGUUCUGUGUGGGGCAGCACUACGUCAUAUUUGGGUCCAGGCAUUCAGUCGGAAACCGGAAAUUCGUCACCUAUUAGCGACAGUUGCCAUUUUGAAGGGAGGAGUGAAGAGCUGGGGAACUGCGUGCUUGUUUUUCAGCGGUGUUAGUUGCUCAUAAAAAUAUUUCAUCAUGGCUAUGCAAGCAGCGAAGCGUGCUAAUAUACGAUUACCUCCAGAAGUGAACAGAAUCCUUUACGUCAGAAACCUUCCUUAUAAGAUCACAGCUGAGGAAAUGUAUGAUAUCUUUGGGAAAUAUGGACCAAUACGUCAAAUCAGAACGGGUAAUACACCUGAAACAAGAGGAACAGCUUAUGUGGUUUAUGAAGACAUCUUUGAUGCCAAGAAUGCCUGCGACCAUCUGUCAGGCUUCAAUGUCUGCAACCGUUACCUGGUGGUCCUCUACUACAAUGCAAACAGAGCUUUCCAAAAGAUGGAUACAAAGAAAAAAGAGGAACAGCUGAAACUUCUAAAAGAGAAAUAUGGCAUCAACACAGACCCUCCAAAAUAACAUUUGGAAGAACUCAUCCCCUACCACGACCCCUUCUACAUCCAUGUCCAGAAUCUUCUCUUUUCUAUCUGUACAUGCUGGUAUUAUACAGUUGUGUAAAAUGUUCUUUUUUUUUUAAAGAUUUUGUUGAAAUUAGAAGUUGAGUGGGAGUUUGUUUAUUAUUUACUUCAUCAAAUAUGUCUGAUCACUGCCUAGACCUUGUGAGUCUGAGUCAGGGCAGUGAGCAGUUGUGUGGCAUUCAAAAUAAACCUUUGAGAUGUUGGUUGGCGUUCAGCCGAAGUGAUUGACAGGUGAGACAAACCCUUGAGUAAGAAACAAGGUUUAAAAGGAUUUAGAUAGUGAGUGGUCAUCAUAUUCACCUAGGGAAAGAUAUCUCUCUUUUAGUUUUCACUUCUACUUUAUACAGUUGUUUAAUUUGAAGCUAACUACAGCCCUGCAAAGUGUGAUAUGAAUUAGAGCUCAUACAUGCUGACUGUACAGUAAAUGGUUUCUGUACAAUAAAUGUUCCUUUUCUAAAA